GUGUGUGUGUGUGUAAGAGAAAUAUUUAUAUUUGAUGGUAAUAUCAGCAUAUCUGCAAGCUAUUGUGAGUCUAACACUGAGUGUCUAAUGCUCCGAUUUACAGGCUAACAGAAUAUACUGAUAAUGUAAGAACUCUUAAUGUUAAUGUGUCUGGUCUAAAUAAAGGAAAAACAAAGGAAAAUUCGCUCUAAACGAAUACAUACAAAUAAGAUCUAAAUUAAUGAACAUACAAAAGUUGAUACAAACAUCCACCUCCAAACAAGUAAAAAGGUUACAUGCAAUGCAUUGACCUCCCUGUCCCCCCAACGUCAACUAAACGAGACAUUAGACCGUUUUUUUGCUGCCCCCUAGCGCACACAGAAAGUACCACCUUUACUGCUGUGUUUGUUCUUAUUCAUUUGUCAGGCAGAAUGAAAUACCGCUGAAAUGAACAAAAAUGAACUUCUGCUGUUUUUUGUCUCUUUCGGGGAAUUCGGUUGUCUUUUCCAUAUAUCCAGAAAAAAGCAUGCGAAAUAGAUGUUUUAUCUUUUAAGAUGAGUUUUUGUUUUACAACAGUCGCUGGACAAUUGUAGUCUAUUGGUUAUAUAUUUUAGAGUUUUAAUAUUGAUACAGGCGCGAUUUUUUCCUCCUGUGCUUGAGCCAUCAAAAAAGAGGCUAACAUUCGAGGCAUUCCACCCAGAUGUUAAUCGGCUUCUACGGUAGGCGUAGUCACGCUCAGAGGCGUGUCUAGCUCACUCAAAUGACAAAGUGAGGACCGGUCGGUAGAUUUGCUUACAUAUGACAAAAAACGUUACUACAGAGAGGUAUGUUGACAGCCCUCAGUGUAAGUCACAUCCCAAGACAGAGCAUGUCUUCCACAAGAAGCCCACUUUGCGCCGUAGCACUUUUCGCCCUGCUGGUUCUCGCCUCAACAUUUCUAAUGAGGAAUUGGCACUAUGAUCUCCAAGAAAAGACAUUUGCCAGCCGACACCUUGACGUGGAUUUUCUCUCACUACAGAAUAUUUUAUUUAAAGAACUUCAGGAGAGACACGAAGAAAUUAUACCCUUCUACAUUGCAUCGGAUGGGGACAAUCUACUGGAGUUUUCGGGAAACUUUGUGUCGUUCUAUCCAUCAAUAAAGCCAGACAAGGUUCGUAAAUAUAACCACAAAGAAAUAUUAAUCGGAUCCAGUUCGCCAGAUGAAGAUAUGGUUGCCUGCGACCAGCUCGAUGACAUGAAAGUUGUGGAUUUCCUCGGCUCGGGCUACACGAAAUUUGUCGUCAAAGCAGACUUGCCAGAUGGAUUAACAAUUGCGCUCAAAUCUAUAAAUGACCAAGGCACUGACAUGAGAAAAUGUCUUGAGGAGUUUAAAGAUCCUGUGGGCUGCCACGAACUUGUGUCUUUCAAACUGAAGAAAGAAAUAAUCCUCUUGCAGAGAUUACAACACCCGAAUAUUGUAAAGCUCAAAGGUCACUGUCGGGAUAAAACACCAGCGGGAGGGAUUACAGCCAUCCUUGAACAGGGGACUCCACUUCAGAUGAUCCAGCUUCUGCAGAGCCCCUGGGAAGAGCGCUUUCGGGUGUGUCUUGGGCUGGUCCGGUUGCUGCACUUCCUGUCCGAGUCUCCCCUGGGCUCCGUGGCCCUGCUGGACUUCCAGCCCAGGCAGUUUGUGAUGGUAGAAGGGGAGCUGAAGCUCACCGACCUGGACGACGCCACCACCAGGGAGCCCCUCUGCCGCACGGACGCCGACUGCCUGCUCCAGUUCCCCCUGCGCAACUUCAGCGCCCGCUGCUCUGAGCGAGGGCUGUGUGAGGGGAUGAACGAGAUGAGAAACCUCUACAACGCCCACAGGUAUUUCUUCCUUUACCUUUUACCUCACCAAGCUCCAGUUACACUAAGGCCUCUUGUUGAUCAGAUUAUGAAUUCAACAGCUGAAUUAAGAAACAACACCAACGGCACACUGGAGGCCUUUGAAGAGGUUUUCCACAUCUUCAGGUCUGGACGCCACCUCGAGAACUUGCCUCCCACGUUAAUCAGAGAGUACACAAGCAUGCGAGGCGUGAGCAGCGCGGGGAACGUGGACUACCGUUGUUGGCCCUCCUACAACCAGCAGGGCUGCGUUCUCUCCGUGCACAGCACCAGGGAGGCGGCCGCCAUCUGCCACUCCCACCCCCAGUGCACCAGCUUCUCCCUCAGGGGCCAGAGGACCUGGACAGGACGUCUCCUUGCCACGUUUCGGAGCGGCUUCAGCCAUCUUGUUCCAGAUGUGCACUCCGUGGUAUAUAUGCGAAAGACCAAGGCCAGUCUUGGAGGAGCCCCACAGUAGGGGACAGAAGACUCAGUGAGGCUCAGUGGAGACCAGGCUUGGACUGUGUGCUGGUUCAAGGAUGGGGAAGGAGGAGAGGAAAGAGGCGGAGGUGGCGGUGUUUGUAUGUCUGUGUAGAGAGGGGGAUGGUGACUUUGUCUGAAGCACAUGAAUGUCAUGUAUUUAUAGGGGUUUUCAUUCGGUGGUCGUUUGAUCUGACUGCCAUUCCCCUGCCUGGGGACAUUGAAAGGGAUUCCCCUUCAGGUAUAAUUAAUCCCCCCGCCUACACACUCUCACACACACACACACACACACACACACACACACACAC